AUGCGUGGGGGAUCCCAGCAGGUGGUUGUGAGGAUGCACCACAUGAGUAGGGUGAGAGGCCUGGAGACUCAACUGGUGUGGGCCAUCUCCAAGGAGACAGCCAGGCUUAGUCCAGAGGGCAUCCCCUACUGUGCCACCAAAGUGCAGUCCAUCACUUGGAUCCAGCGUGUGGCUGGCAGGGUGACCCACUAUGCGUCUCAGCUCCGCCACAAGACGUCUGUGGACGUGAUGCUUGGCUGCAACCAGCAGACUGAUGUCUCAGUGGUGUAUGCCACUCUCCACAUGGGGCUGGACGGGCUUCUCUCCUCUUCAGCGUGGUCGGAGGCUGCCUCCUCCUCUACGCCCACCACUCAGCAGUUCACUGACCCAGAGCCUGAGGGCCACAACUGCUAUGAGGGCUGGGAGGAGGACCUGCUGCCUGAGGAGAGGGAGGUUCCUCUGCUAAACCACUACCUUACCACCAAGAGAGUGGAGGACAUCGCCCUGAGGCUCGUCUCCCUGCGCCAGGCCUUCACUACCCUGCUUGGUUCCACCCUGAGCAGGAACCAUCUGUUUGUGGCGGGAAAGGUCCUCCUGGGCGCCCUUGUUCAGGCCAACCACAUGGACGAGGCCAAAUUUAUCCGUACCUAUAACGACUUUGUGGACUACCUGAGUGACCCCUCCAAGCGGAAUGACAUUGAGAGGGAGCUGGCUGAGGCAAAGAUACAUCAUGUGAACAUGAUAGAUGUCCUCUUUGAGCUGGUGCUGUUUGGGUUGAUGACAGCUCAGAAGUCCCUGAUGGUGCACCCUGGUGGGUUGGUGGAGCGUCUGUACGCUCUCCUGUACUCCUUCCUGCCCACUGCUGCCAACAUGGAGCCAGAGGCUGACAGAUACCUGCUGCUGCUGAGUCAAGAGGAUACUUCCUGUUUCCUUCCAUAUUCUUAGUGUACUUCCUGUUUACUUCCAUAUUCAUGGUUAACCAGGUUCCAAUGCCAUUUUAGGGGGAGUAUUUCUAAUUGUCUCUCUCCUCUUGAUAAGCUAGUAACUCAGAGCCAUUUUCUAUGUGUUGUGUGGUGUUCUCUUCAGGGCGGACUGAUGGCUCUGCUAGAUGACAUGUUUGGCCAGCAGCUGGCCUGGUACUUUAACCCAGAGUCUCUGGUCACUGAGCUCUCCAGCCUCCUGGAGUACCACUUGGAGAGCCUCAUGGCCAGCAUGUAGUCCUACUGCAGGGACCAUUCUCCUUCUCUCUCUAUUUUGAAGGAAUUGAGGACUUGAAGUGCUUUGUUGAACCAUGAUUAGUUAACACCCAUGAAUUUAAUGUAUUCUCUUGUUUUCUCUCCCCACAGGAUUCUUGUGACACUUUGCCACCCAACAGGGAUCUAGACACCAAUGCACUACAUUACUUUGCACUGAA